AUGAACAAACUCGCCCACGGGGGCCCCUACCCUGGUCGAGAGGACGACGAGGCGGCUAUUCUCGCCUUCUGCAACAUUCAGAAGGCUGCCGCUCUACCGCACACGAGGCAGCAUGUGUCGGGUGUGCCACCGAGAGCCCCGCCGGUCGCAUCGCACGAUUUUGCGGUCCCGGCGGUGGCGGCCUCGGCGGGAGUUGCGCCGCUGGCCUCGACCACUGAAGAGGUCGAUGUGCCCCCGGUUGCCCCCCUGGCCCCGGAGACACGAGAAGAGCCCGUGGCUGCGCUAGCUGCAGCUACCGAGAUGGAGGACAUGGACCUGCCCGACGCCAAUCUGGCUGAGGCGAUUGCCGAGUCGGAGCGCCGUGACACCGACCUUGACGCUCCCCGCGCGCCCAGAAAGCGCCGGGCUGUGACGCAUGACGACUCUGACACUCCCUCUCAGACAUCUGAAGGAGCGAGGCCGCGGAAGAAGGCCACCAGGGCCUCCCGCACCUCCACCACCGAGUCUGGGCUGACUCUCGCGGGCUCCUCCCGGAGCACCGCCGCGCAGAAAUCGACGAAGACCACGCGGCGGCCCACUCGUUCACCUGCUGCUUCCCGACAGCCGGACGAGGAUGGUUUUGUCGCCCCGCCCCGGCGGCACACUGCCGGGGCCGCUGCGCUGCAGCUACCGACCCCGCUGCCGACCGCCAACACGUUUGCGGGCGUCAGCGACGAUGCGAUGGAGGAUGGCGCCGCGCCUCCGGCGCCGGCCCAAAAGAAGCCGCCGCCUAUAGUCAUCCAGUGGGCUGGCGAAUACAAGGAGUUCCAGCAAAAACUGGACAGGAUCUACUGCGAGAGUAAUUAUCUCUCGCCGCCCGAUGUCGAAACAGAGGGCGUCACAAUGAACUACGCCCAGCGAGGACAGCUCACCCUGUUAGGUCCACUGCACCCACUAACGAGGUCCCCGCAGGAACAGCAGCUCCGCUGCUUAGACUGCCUUUACACCUGGCUUAUGUAG